AUGGCGAACGGAAACAUUCAAUCCAACAAUCCAACCAGAGAAAUAGUACUAUGCGCUCAAAGCAAAAUAACGAAUAGCGGGAAUUCAUUAACGGAAACGACGACUAGAGGACCCUAUUUCGAUGCAGGAUCUUCCAAGAACGUCUCAGCUUUACUCGGAAAAACCGCCUAUCUAAACUGCAGAGUUAAAAAUCUAGGAAAUCGAACGAUGUCUCCGCAGGUGUCGUGGGUGCGACACAGGGACGUGCAUCUGCUCACAGUCGGUCGUUACACCUACACCAGCGAUCAAAGAUUUAGGGCCAUCCACCAGCCGAACUCCGAGGAUUGGACGCUGCAAAUCAAGUAUCCCCAGCACAGGGAUACGGGCGUUUACGAGUGUCAAAUAUCCUCCACUCCACACCUAUCGCACUUCAUUUAUCUCACUGUAGUCGAACCGGAUACAGAGAUCGUAGGCGGACCGGAGCUCUUCAUUGAUCGAGGUAGCACUAUUAACCUCACUUGCGUCGUCCGGAAUAGUCCCGAGCCACCGGCGUACAUUUUUUGGAACCACAACGAAGGGAUCAUCAGCUACAUGAGUUCGAGAGGAGGCGUGAGCGUGUCAACGGAAAGAGGCGAAACCAGCAGGAGUGUACUGCUGAUGCAGAACGCCAAACCAUCGGACUCGGGAAGUUAUCAGUGCAACCCUUCCAAUGCCAAGCCGGCCAAUGUGACAGUACACGUUUUGAACGGUGAACAUCCAGAAGCGAUGCAACACGGGGGCAAUCAGCGUAUGGGCCCCUCUCUGGGCGCGUUGGCGUUCAUCUCCUACGUUCUGUUGGCUUACUGUUAAGUUGUAUUUUUUCCUAGACUCUUCUCCAAUUUAGUGCUCUAUUCAGCCAAUGUCGAUAAUGUGCGUGUUAAGAAAAAAAAAAUUAAAUGUUUCAGAACGUCACGUAGCGCUUUACAACGAACGAACAUUCCCCUAUUUCGCGCUGCUUUCGGAGGUGUGUGUACCUUUUUCCUUCUUCGUUUCAAAAUGCUACGUGCGCAUAACUGAUAAGAAAAAAUUACCUACUUGAAUCUUCCGAUGGAAUGGCG